AUGGCACCAAGCGCCAUCUUCGAGACGCCCAAUGUGGCCGAGCCCUUCAACAACCACCGUGAUGGCCUUGCCCUCGAAGCCACAUCCGAUGCCAUCGACGACGUGAACGUUCUCAAGGCGGCCAUCAAGGUUAAGAACGGUACCGCAACACAAAAGGAAAAGGACAUCUAUGAACAAUCACAAUUCGACUCUGAAAAGGACAAGACACAGUUCCGUCAGUACGAAGAAGCAUGUGACCGCGUCAAGAACUUCUACCGCGAGCAACACGAGAAGCAGACGGUAGCCUACAACCUCAAGGCACGGAAUGCGUUCAAUAGCAAGACCAGGGCGGAGAUGACUAUCUGGGAAGCCAUGGAGAAGCUCAACACCCUCAUCGACGAGUCUGACCCCGACACAUCGCUUUCCCAAAUCGAGCACCUUCUCCAAUCCGCAGAAGCCAUCCGCCGUGACGGCAAGCCCCGCUGGAUGCAGCUGACCGGUCUGAUCCACGACCUGGGCAAACUGCUCUUCUUCUUUGACGCCCAGGGGCAAUGGGACGUCGUCGGCGACACGUUCCCCGUCGGCUGCGCCUUCUCGCCCAAGAUCAUCUACCCCGACACAUUCAAGAACAACCCAGACUAUGACAAUGAGAUUUACUCGACGGAGCAUGGCAUCUACACACCAGGAUGCGGCAUGGAUAACGUAAUGUUGAGCUGGGGUCACGACGAGUAUCUGUAUCACAUCCUGAAAGAGCAGUCGACGAUCCCUGAUGAGGGGCUCGCGAUGAUCCGAUACCACUCUUUCUACCCAUGGCACACUGGCGGUGCAUACCAGUGGAUGAUGAACGAGAAAGACCACCGCAUGCUUGGCGCUGUCAGGGCGUUUAACCCAUACGACCUAUACAGCAAGAGCGAUGAUGUGCCCAAGGUCGAGGAUUUGAAGGACUACUACAUGGACAUCAUCGAUGAGUUCAUCGGCAAGGACAAGAAGCUCAAGUGGUAG